AUGGUUUUGGUGCGGGAAAAGGAGAAUGAUGGAGAAGACAGUCUUCUAAAAGUGGUUGAUAUUCAAAAAUUGCCAGUCAAUUUUCAUCGAGCUGUUUGUAUUCACUCCUCACUUCAAUUUAUCGACUUAUUAAUGCAAUCUUUGAUGUUUACGUAAGUUUUAUCACAUAUUUUCGUUUCAAAUUUCAUAAAUAUAUUUCAGACAUGGAUUUUCUUCUACACCAGUCAUUGCGAGUAAUGCAAAUCAAAGAUUUUCGCGAACUUUGGACGCAUUUGAAAAAAUCAGAACCGAAUUGUGUGCAGUUUUUCGAUCAAAACAUAGAAAAAGUUUAUCAGAAGUCGCAAUUUUGAUUGGAACAUCUCCAAUGCGACCAAGUUAUACUUAUCAAGUGCCUAUUGAAGUAUGUGAUGCAGAUGAUUCAACAGAUGAAAGUUGUGGAGAAACAUGCGCCUCGUUGAAUGAUAAUGAGAGAAGAAAAAUCAAUCGAGAUCUUUUCAUGGUUAGUUUUGUCUGAAGAUUUGAGCAAAACUUAUUCGAUAAUUUUUCAGCUGCGACAAAAUUCAGAUUCGAAAGUUGACGAAAAACUUUUACGCGCUAAAAACAAUCGAAUGUUUAUUUUCGUAAAAGGAAAUGAUGGAAUGGUCAGCGAAUUCAUUGAAGAAGAAGAUCCAAAUUUUUGCUCAAAAGCUUUAACUCAAUCAAAAUACACAUUUACUCAUCAUCGAUGCACUUGUCAAGGAGGAAUUAAUCGAUUAUCUUCUAAUUCAUCUGGAAAAUGGCUUCGAAUUGUUCCAUUUGUUGUGCAUCCACGGGAUUGA